AGCCAGCAACCACAGCACAACUUAAAGACUGUGUUUAACUCUGAGGGGAAGUUAAACAAGGGGCACAGUAUGCUCUGAUUUAACGGUCCUCAGUCUGCACGGUGAUGAAAAAGAAAAAAAAAAGAGGGAGGGGAGGAAAAGAUUUUUGAUCACAUGGCCACGAAGUCACUCUGAAAGUAUGCUGGCGGAGUAUUGCCCACAGAAAUAUAAAAAAUCCUUCACAGUGAGCAGCCGGGUCCAUGCAACAAGCAUCAUUUUCGAAGCUUUGAGGCGAUCGGCAGCGUCGGGGCUGGUGGAUACAAAACAGAAGACGAGUGGGUGACGAAAACAAAAAUGUCGACUCAAAGCGUGGACGUGCUCGCCACUGAGAGAAGCACCACACCUCCGUUAUCACACAGUCCCACCAUCAUGGACACCACCAUCGUGGACACUUUCACCUCAACAAUCUCCUCUAAAAACGACUUAGACGAAAUUUCAGCCAAUGACAUCACCUCCAGGGCAAACUACGUCUACAGUUUCUUCGCUGGUCUCGGCUUCAUGGCGGGCUGCUUCCUGCUCUACAGCUUCAUCCAGACGUACAGAGCUCAUAGACGGCUGGCCUGGCUCGACUGCCUGCUCUGGGCCUUUUGUGGCCUCCAGCUGCUGCUGCUGCUCCUCUCUCUCCACACCGUGGCCUACAAACCUCACUACCUGAUUACAACAGGUUUGGGCUGCGCCGCGCUCUCCUUCACCAUCAACGCUGUCUCUCUUUGCAGCCUGCUCGUCUUAGUUCUCAUGGCUUAUGUGCUAACAUUGGAUCCGCCGUCCCACGCCCUGCUGAGGAAGCACUGGGUCUGUGCAGGUUUGGUGAUCCUGAGUUCUAUCCUGAUUUCUCUGCUGCUCGCUGGGCUUCGUGGACCCAGUGAGGGUCUACACAAAGAAGCUGAAUGCUUUAUGGAUCCAGCUGGUGCUGGUGUGUCGUACGCAGCUGCUAGAUUGUGCCUAGCUUUUUUGAUUCCCUACACCUUCCAACUGGGACUUCUGAUAGGCGGCUGCGUCCGGCAGUGGAAAUCUAAAGGACGCUUCCUCUCCGGCUCAGAGGAGGGUCCUGUGUUCCUGACAGUCACCGUGGUCAUGUUUUUCUGUCAGCUCUUCUACGGCGUGGCACUGUUGAGAGGAGCCCAACUAGCACAACUAGAGGGGGGGCUGAGCCAUCACGAGCGAGCGUUUCUGAGCGUGGCUGAGUUUGUUUUGUUCUCAGGGAGCAGUACCAGCCUCCUGCUCGUGCUGCUCAUGCACAGGCAGUGUCGAGAGAGUCUCCACGGCGUGUUGAGGCAGCUGGGGGACUGCUGUCAGAGUCCCGGGCGCACGCAGCCCAACAGAAACAUUAUAGCUCCCCACAGCGAGAUCACAGACACCCUGCAGGACAUAGAGUCGUAGAGGACAAAGACGCUCUCAUCUUUGAGAACAGAACUCCACUGAUGCAUCAAAAUAAAGACUAAAAUAAAGUAAACUAAAAUAAAGAAAUCUGAUGUAUUCAAAUAUUCUUAAUGGAAUUUCUGAAAUGCUUUACUUUUUCUCCUAAGUUAAAAUUGAAAUCCUUUUACAUGCAUGUAUUCCACUUUUUAGUGUCUACAGUGCUGAACAUUUGCAAAUCUGUUCUUCAAAUUUCUUUUUGUUGUGCAUUUUGUAUUUUACAAAAAUAAAUGUUUUGCUGUACAUAUGGAGAAUUGUCAACAUGUACAGUCCUUAUAGUCGCUGAUGUAAUAAUAACAAUAUGUUUAUUUUGUUUUUGUAAAUCAACAUCUAUGUAUAAGAAAUUAAUCCUUUGCAACAUGGCCAAAUUGGCUCAAUUUCUUUCAAAAUAAUGGGAAAAAGGCAAUGACCAACUUAAGAAGGAAAGAUUUACCA